AUGACUGGUGUUGGUCGGGCGCUAAAGUCAACGAAGUUGACGCUGCAUUUCAUUGGUCCGUUUCAGAUUACGGAAAGGGUGGGAGAAGUAUCUUAUCGUAGUGCGUUGCCUCCUACACUGGCAAAUUUGCACGAUGUAUUUCAUGUGUCUCAGUUGAGGAAAUACAUUGUGGAUCCUUCUCAUUUAAUCCAAGUGGAUGAUAUACAGGUGAAGGAUAAUCUGACGGUCGAAGCAUUGCCUAUGACGAUUGAAGACCGGAAGUUGAAACAACUGCAUGGUAAAGAGAUAGCAUUGGUCAGAGUAGCUUGGGGAGAACCAACAGGUGGUAAUGUCACUUGGGAGCUGGAGAGAUCAUCGGUAGCUAAUUCCUAUUGUGUGGAAUUAGUGAGUGGAAGUAGCUGUAUCCUGUUGGUGGUGGAUCGGUUUGUUGUGAUUUAUGAUUUGAGUUGUGUGAAUAACUGUUAA